AUGGGCUGGAUUUCCCUGAACGCAAUGUUCGGAGUACUGCUGGCUCCGGGGCUGUACUACUGCGGCCUGCGUGCCACCGGCGCCGCCUACGCCGUCAACUUCCUCAACCUCAUCCCCGUCGCCACCUUCAUCAUCGCUGCCGCGCUCCGGGUCGAGCAGAUCUCCCUCGCCGCCUGGCCCAGUGGGAUGAAGCUCCUCGGAGCGGUGGUGGGCGUCGUCGGCACCAUGGUCGCCAGCCUCUGCAAGGGCACCCCUCUGCUGCUGCCGCACCUCGGGAUGUCCGCCCACGCCAACCCCCACCUCGCCGCGCCCCACGGCGACGGCGACAUGUUUGUCGGCACGCUGUUCCUGUGCGGGAGCUGCGUCAGCUACGCGCUCUGGUUCGUCGUGCAGGCUAAGGUCGCCAAGGUGUUCCCGUACCGGUACUCGGCCACGGCGCUCACGUGCCUCGUGGGCUGCCUGCAGUCCACCCUGCCCGUCUCCGUGGCGAUCAUCCUCGCCCCCGCCGGCGACCUAUAUGGAUGGGCGCCCAUGUGGACGCUGCGCUGGGACCUGCAGCUGGCCACGGUGCUCUACUCCGGCGUGUUCAACACGGGCGUCACGUUCGUGCUCGUGUCCUGGGCGGUGGAGCGCCGGGGGCCGGUGUACCCGGCCAUGUUCAACUCCCUGUCGCUCGUCGCCACCACCGCCGUCGACGCCGUCGUGUUCGGCACCGACGCCUACCUCGGUGGCGUGCUGGGGGCGGCGCUCGUCGUCAUCGGACUCUGCGCGUUCCUGUGUGGCAAAAGCAAGGAGCUCGCGGCUGCCAAGGUGGUCAAUGCCGAGCAGUAG